AUGUGUAUCCGUGCGACUAAUGUUUGCAUAUAUUCCUGUUGUAGAAAUCCCAUACUCAUUACAGAUUACAUUCUAUUCGUGCUGGCGGCUGUUGGUGUGACAGCGGGGGCUCACCGACUCUGGACGCACAGAGCAUACAAGGCAAAAAUGCCCCUACAGAUUAUCCUAAUGUUCAUGAACACUCUGGCAUUUCAGAACACAGCCAUCGACUGGAUACGAGAUCAUCGGAUGCACCAUAGAUAUAGCGACACGGACGCAGAUCCUCAUAACGCAACUCGUGGUUUUUUCUACUCCCACGUGGGCUGGCUGCUUGUAAAAAAGCAUGAAGAAGUGAAGAAGCGCGGCAAGUUUAUUGAUAUGAGCGACAUCUAUGCAAAUCCUGUACUAAUGUUUCAGAAGAAAUACGCCAUACCAUUUAUUGGGUCAGUCUGCUUUUUGCUCCCAACUUUAGUGCCAGUCUACUAUUGGGGUGAGAGCCUGAAGAUUGCCUGGCACAUAUGCCUCUUCAGAUAUAUCCUGAAUCUGAACACUACCUUCUUAGUAAAUAGCGCAGCUCAUCUUUGGGGUUACAAACCAUAUGAGAAAAGUAUAAAACCCGUGCAGAACAAAGUAGUCACCUUCAUAGUCUUCGGUGAAGGUUUUCAUAACUACCACCACGUGUACCCUUGGGACUACCGCACAGCCGAACUUGGGAACAACCUACUGAAUUUUACAACGUUAUUUAUAGACUUCUUCGCGAAGAUAGGAUGGGCGUAUGAUUUGAAGACUGUGCCUGAAGGGAUGAUAGAAGCACGAGCGAAAAGAACUGGUGACGGUAGUGAUUUAUGGGGGAAAAUUAAGGCAGUUUAG